GCGACUACAGCUUUGUCUUGUGUGUUCCUCAGGCUGAUGUUCCGGCGCCAAAUCAUUUCGAGUGACCGGCCUUUCUGGCAGUCUAGCUUUGACCCUACUCCACGCCAUGGCGGAGGUGAUUCAAAAAAAGCUUCAGGGGGAAUUGGAGAAGUAUCAGCAGCUACAAAAGGACUUGAGUAAGUCUAUGUCUAGUCGACAGAAGCUGGAGGCACAACUAACAGAAAAUAACAUUGUGAAAGAGGAAUUAGCUUUAUUGGAUGGAUCCAAUGUAGUGUUUAAACUUCUGGGCCCAGUGUUGGUCAAACAGGAACUAGGGGAGGCCAGAGCUACUGUGGGCAAGAGACUGGACUAUAUCACAGCAGAGAUCAAACGAUAUGAAACUCAGCUCCGAGACUUAGAGCGACAGUCUGAAAAACAGCGUGAGGCUCUGGCCCAAUUACAACAGGAGUUCCAGCGUGCCCAGGCUGCGAAGGCAGGGUCUGUAGGAAAGGCUUGACAUCUCAGGUGGGGUAGGGAAUAGAGUAGGGAAAAAUGAUGGGUCAUCUGCACUGUGGCAAAUAAAAUAUGAAAAUUCC